AUAGCGGAGCGGGGCGUGCAGCGGGGAGGGACGGGGCUCGCUUCCUCUGCAGCGCCGAUGGGGACAGGACGACUUUAAAGGAGUUUGAGGGGGGUUCUGGCGCUGGGCGACCACGGAUCCGGCGAUUCCUGCCCUCGGCUCGUCCUGUCAUUGAUGGGAAAUCAACUGGAUCGCAUCACCCACCUGAAUUACAGCGAGCUGCCGACCGGGGACCCCUCGGGGAUCGAGAAAGACGAGCUGCGCGUCGGGGUGGCUUACUUCUUUUCGGAUGAGGAGGAGGAUCUGGACGAGCGAGGCCAGCCAGACAAGUACAGCGUGAAGGGCUCCGGCAGCCCUGGCCAGGAGACGCCCACCCACCACCUCCACCACCAGCUGGUGCUAAACGAGACCCAGUUCUCCGCUUUCCGCGGCCAGGAAUGCAUCUUCUCCAAGGUCAGCAGUGGCCCCCAGGCCGGGGACCUCAGCGUCUACUCCGUGUCAGCCCUGCCUGCCCUCUGCAAGCCGGGGGACCUUCUGGAGCUGCUCUACCUGGGGCCGUCGGAGCACCCGCCGCCGCACUGGGCAGUGUACGUGGGCAGCGGGCAGAUCAUCCACCUGCACCAGGGGCAGAUCCGCCAGGACAGCUUGUACGAGGCGGCCGCGGGCAACGUGGGCCGGGUGGUGAAUAGCUGGUACCGCUUUCGCCCGCUGGUGGCUGAGCUGGUGGUGCAAAACGCCUGCGGGCACCUGGGCUUAAAAAGCGACGAGAUCUGCUGGACUAACUCCGAGAGCUUUGCCGCCUGGUGCCGCUUCGGGAAAAGGGAGUUCAAAGCCGGGGGGGAACUGCAGGCUGCUGCCGGCACCCAGCACCAGCAGCAAUACUAUCUCAAGAUCCACUUGGCGGAGAACAAGGUGCACACAGUGAGGUUCCACAGCCUGGAGGAUCUAAUACGCGAGAAGCGCAGGAUCGAUGCCAGUGGCAAACUGAGGGUGAUCAAAGACCUGGCUAUAGUGGAUGGGAAGGAGUAGGGAGGAGCAGGGGUUCACAGCGAUCUUCCUUCUGCCCUGCCCAGGGAGACCAGCCUGCCACAGAAACAGGAGGCUGCACCCUCUUUCCGUGGGACGCGACUGGAAGCAGGAUCCAUGGCAACAUUCCAGAAAACCAGCAUUCUUUACACCCAUAGCCAGUAUUUUGUUUGGCUUUUAAUAGCAUUAAUGCUGAAAGAGCAAGAGAGAGGAAGAAAAAAGGGGGGAGGUGCAGGAAGGCUGUUCUCACAGUAUGUGGACAAAGUCUCUCCUGUUGAUUGAUGUUGACCAUUCUAGCAACACACCAAUAAAAUUUCAAAUUGAAAUUUUUUUUAAAUUUUUAUUUCAUGGCUUUAAUCCAUGAUAAGUUUUAAACAGCAGGGGCCAUGGAUGUGGAUUUAGCUAAAUGAGUUUCUAGCUAAUAUUUGCCUUGCAGCCAACCAAAAGCAUCAGUCAUACUUUGCUGACUGGGAAGGGAAGGGAGUUGGGAGGGGCAGAGGGGCAAAUGCCUCUUUCUUUUGUUUCUCAGCCCUGUUGAACCAGACUGUAGCUGCAACCCAAAUUUUGUCCCAGCCAACUCUGUCAAGAUGCUAACAGGGGAAAAUGCUUCCAUGUUUCUGCUUGAAAUCUAUCACAUUUAAAGUAUUUGUUUUUGCUUUCUGUUUGCAGCUCUCUGCUAAAUGUCAUCAUAAUGCAUAAGCUCGUUCCACCUCUUCCAUCCUCCCACCUUCCCCCCCUUUUUUUUUUUUUUCUUUCCUUUUGGAAAAAACUUGGUGAGCAGCUGUUUUCCUGAGCUUCAUUGGUUAAAGGAAGUGGUGUAUUUUGGAGAACAGUAUACUGUGUUGCUCCUCAGAGGUCCAGCCUCUAGGAUGUCAUGCUUGAGCUGUGGAUUUGUAUCGCUGUAGUGAUUCUCACUGCACCACUGCUUCAAUACCUCUUCAUGCACAGGUCAAUAGAAUCCUGCAAGAAACAAAUAGGUUUGAAUUUUGCAUGUUGCCUUCUUGAACCACCAAUUCAUUGCAUAUUUUCAAUUCCACUUAAAGAAAAUAGAUGUAAUAUGGCCAAGUUCAUCUUUCAUUUCAAAUUCUAAGCAACUAAAAAUCCUGUUCAGUCUAAGUUUAGAAAUCCACAGCUGCAUUUAAAAGAUGCCUUUUAAUGUGAUGUGAGCAAUGCCUUGUCUGUAUUUCAGAUCCCAUUCACUCAUUGCUUAAUUCUAAGUUUUUAAGUGAAAGAUCAGAGUAUUAAAUAUAUAUUGAAAAAAUAUCUCAACAUGCUAAGUAUACUGGGGCAUUUCUAGAGCUGUCUAUUCUCUUUAAUUAUUCUUGAGCUGCAUACAACUUGUAAUAAGCAUUUUGUCUGCAUGUUUCAGUACUGGAAAGAAAAUGCAUUUGUUUUUGUCCCCUCUUCCAACAUCAAUGUCAGAUGGCAGAACAGAAGUAAUAUCCCUCUUCUGUGUAUAUGAUACACUCCACCCCUAUCAAUGUACUGUGUCCUGGCUCCUUUUUGUAUUAAACAAUGUCAUAAGCAA